GUUGGGAGCCGCGCCGGCCCGUGCUCUGCUUUCACCGGGCCGCUCCCCGGCGGCCUGUGGGCUCCCUGUGUGCCGCUCCCCGCAGGGCCUUUCCCAGCCUCGGCUUGGCGGGGCCUCCCAGGCACGGCGCGCAGGUUCUUGCCCGUUCCAAGCGCUGUCAGCCCCUGUGUUCAGAGUGUCCGGUCAUGGAAUUGCUUCCACGUUGAUAGCAGGCGGGUGAAGUGAUCAGAGACCACCUUGUGUUCGGGCAGACGGGGAGCGAGGUGGCUCCUGCUCUGGAAAAGGGGGGAGCACGUCCAGAAACGCUGCAAAGAGCUUUGAUUAGUAUUUUAGCCUCAUAACGCCCAUUUCUCUGGAGCUGAUGUUUUCCUAACACUUUCAGCUUGGCUUAAAAAGCUACUUUGCUGGAAUGUUUUAAAGGGUUAAAAACCCUCUAGGAUUUGAAGUUAAUUUAAAUUAAUUGAAGAAAAUACUUCUGGCCUCACCAAAGAAAUAACUGGAAUCAUGGAUCAGAACAACAGCUUGCCACCCUACGCGCAAGGCUUAGCUUCCCCUCAGGGCGCAAUGACUCCAGGAAUUCCAAUUUUUAGCCCAAUGAUGCCGUAUGGCACAGGACUGACACCACAGCCUGUCCAGAGCACCAACAGUCUGUCCAUCCUCGAGGAACAGCAGCGGCAGCAGCAGCAGCAACAAGCAGCGCAGCAGUCGACAUCACAGCAAGCGACACAGGGAACAUCUGGUCAAACUCCCCAGCUCUUCCACUCACAGACUCUUACCACAGCCCCUUUACCGGGAACCACGCCUCUGUAUCCCUCUCCAAUGACUCCGAUGACUCCAAUAACUCCUGCCACACCGGCAUCCGAGAGCUCUGGGAUAGUGCCACAGCUACAGAAUAUUGUGUCCACGGUAAAUCUUGGUUGCAAACUUGACCUAAAAACUAUUGCGCUUCGUGCCCGAAAUGCUGAAUACAAUCCCAAGCGUUUUGCUGCUGUUAUUAUGAGAAUAAGAGAACCACGUACUACUGCACUUAUAUUCAGCUCUGGCAAAAUGGUGUGCACAGGAGCGAAAAGUGAGGAGCAAUCCAGACUGGCAGCAAGGAAGUAUGCAAGAGUUGUUCAGAAACUGGGUUUUCCUGCAAAAUUUUUGGAUUUUAAAAUUCAGAACAUGGUGGGCAGCUGUGAUGUGAAAUUUCCCAUCAGAUUAGAAGGACUGGUACUCACACACCAGCAGUUCAGCAGCUACGAGCCAGAAUUGUUUCCUGGCUUAAUCUACAGAAUGAUCAAGCCAAGAAUUGUUCUGCUUAUUUUUGUUUCGGGAAAAGUGGUUUUAACUGGUGCUAAAGUACGAGCAGAAAUCUAUGAAGCAUUUGAAAACAUCUAUCCUAUUUUAAAGGGAUUCAGAAAGACAACGUAACGGUUUCUACACCUUUCAGAGAAAUCGGGGGUAUAUUUGAAAUGGUAUUGCAUAUGGCACAGCAGUAACAAGAGAUGGACUUCCAGUGAAACUGCAACACCAGGACUUGGACUAUUUCCCAGUUAGUGCCUACUUCCCUGAUACUCAAGGGGAACUGUAUUACUGAUUAUGUCUACUGAGUUACUGUGAGUUGCUUUACUGGGCUGUUCCUGGAGCAGUCCCUCCAAGUUUUAUUUAUAUUCUAGCUUUUAAAUAGUUUUAAUGCCAGUUCUAUUAAUAGAAAAUCUGUAAGUUGGUUUAAAAGACAAAUGCAACUGUGUCACUCAAGUGUAUAAACCACUUAAAUUGCCAUGUAUAUAAGUUUUAACUUCCUUCCAUAAGACCAUGGUUUUUAUAAUUUUCAGAACUUAAGGUUUUAAAUUUUUUCAAUUUGAAAUUUCUUUGGUGCCAGACACAUUCCCUCUUUCCAGUACUAAGCAAGACAGAAUAAAUUUAUUAAUGAAAAUGGCUCACUGUACAUAUAUAUAUAAUAUAUACCUUCUUUCUCUUUCGUCCUUCAGCUCCACAUGUACAAUAAACCCUGUUUAUACAAUUAUGGGAAUUGUCUUAAUGAAUUUUAAAUUUACCCUGCUGGUAGAGUGAAAUACGUUGAAAACUGUUUUUUAAUUUAGUCUGGAUUUUUCAGUAGCACAUGCACUACUGUCAGUGACUUGUCUUUUUGAGAGAAUCUCAACAAUGCUGUGGCUUGCUUACCAGCAGCCAUAUCCUUGGCAAUGUCUAGCUUGAGUAUUUCUAGUGUGUUAAAGCAACAGAGAUGACUGGUUAAAGUAGCAUGUGUUGCCUCAUGUUCAGCAGAUGGGAUUUAUGCAAGUCUUAAAUAGCUACACUUAACUGAAUUGGAACAAAAGAUCCCCGCUUAGCUUCUAGAAUUUCUUUCAGUUACUACUUUUGUAUUUUACCAACUAUGACAGUCUCACUAUAUUAGUGUUCCUGUAAAAUGUCAAAGCCCUUCCAACUUGAGUCAGUAUGUACAUAAUCUUCCCUCUGAACUGUGCUUGAAGCUUAACGGGCUGAGAACUAAAAAUAAACUUUUUUUCUCCAGUAAAUUUCCAGUAAUAGUAA